AUGAGUCACAUUUCGCAGGGGCCUUUGAGCGCCUACAACAGUCUAUCAGACCGCCAUCUCGAUGGCUACUUUUCCAACUCCCGCAUGCGGAAACACCUCCGAAAAUCUGGACUUAUUACCAGAUAUGGAGAAAUUGUUUCGGAGAAUACGUACCGCCUCAACAUGAGCCGCAAGGAGCACAAGAAACAUGUCAAGGACAUGUUGGCCCAGGCCAUUGUCCACAAGACUCUGGAUCUCGAGCGGAACCGGCAAGCGGAGAUUAAAAAGAAACUGGAGGAGAUUGCCAAGAUUGAGCUGGUCCGACGAGUGCGGAGUGAGAAAAAUCGGCCGUACGAGGAAGUACUCUUGCCAUACAUCUCACCCAGAAGGGCGAGGACAAAGUCUCCCAAGAAGCACGUAGGCCGCAAGUCAGCGUCGCUGUCGCCAACGAGUAACUCCCGCAGAGUCACGCGCUCGGCCAAAGCGAGAGUGCAUGAAUCGAAUGGGAACAUUUCUGCCGUGCAUGAAAGGGCGUCCCGAGACAGGAAGCGGGAGGCGGACGUCCUGCCGUUCAUCAGCCCCAGAGCCGGGUCACGACCUUCCUCCGGGGCCAACGACGGCAAACCGCGAGGCAAGCGCCGACCAAUGAGUGCUCCGGCUCGCAAAGGCAGGCGGCCGAUGUCUGCGUUGUCUUCGAACUAUGACGACGAUGAUGAAGAGGAGGUGUACAUGCGUUACCACGGCAGCAGCCUGAGCCUGGCCCGGGAGCAGUUUGACAAACGUCAGGAGGUGACGGUGGAGCAGCAGCAUUGUGGCGGGAACACGCUCACCGUCUUCCGGGACAAGCUGGAUAAAGACACCAAGUUCUCCUUUGUCUCGUACCGUCACCGUGGUUACCCAUUUAGCCUGACCAUCUACGUGGACGGCAAGAUGGACUGUCGUGUGAGCACGUGCUGUGAGGCCCGGCACGCCAAAGGCGGACGCAUUGGCGGCCGGCACGGACACUUCAGCAUACUGCGCAUCACUGGGGCUGUGCCCUGUUACAAGUGUCAGGUGGAGAAGGGCGUGCGUAUUGGAAACCCGGCCCCUCGACCCAAGAUGAAGCGGCCGCCCGCGGCACAGGAAGAGGUGGUGGUGAUUGAGACCAAGCCCGACCCACCACAGAGGGAGCUGGAGGACCACAGGCAUGCAGACUACUCCUACCACGACGUGUACUCGCGAGAACGCGGCAGUGACGAGGAGGAGGAGGGCGGGGCCAUGGUCUCGCGUCCUUGGCAACAGACGUCACACGUGCUCCGCGAAGCCGACGAGCGAGCCCGAGCCCCCAUCAAGGGCCGGAAGCACCAAGGGCACUCGGGUCAUCGCUGCUCUGAGGGCGAGAGUUAUUACGAGUACAAGGCGAGGAUGCUGGCCAAGACGGAAGACGAGCGGAGCCGAGCUGAUGACGACUACGACAACGAUUUUGAGGAAGAUGAGGACGGGGAGGAGGAGGAGGGAUCUGGCACGUAUGUCAAGGAAGAGACAGUCGAAGAGGACCAGAAAGAGAAGUCGAAGAAGGCGAAGAAGAAGAAGAGCGGAGAAGAAGCAGCCGCCGAAAGGAGAGAUGUGGCUUCGCGGAGAGCGGCGACGAAGGAGGAAGGGAAGAAAAAAUCCUCGACAACUUCCAGCGCCGCUGCCCACGCCGAGGACACGGCGGCCAACAAACCCGACCUUGACCCCAGAGGGGAAGGGUCAGGGGUCAGCAACAAGGCCGGCAAACAGUCGUCGGGCGGAGGCGGCCGGGGCGGAGGGGGUGGAGGAGGCCACGGUGGUGCCGAUACCGCGGACGAGGUGUCGGAGAUCGAAUCCGAGAUGGCCUCAUCGCCGCGCAAGUCUGAGAGCGUGGGUCAUCUUCACGGACCGGACUUUGGGAGCAAGGCCCAGAGCAGUAAAAAGCCUGAGAGUGAGUCGCGUGCUGCUGGGGGCGCUGGGGAGGGGGAAGAUGAGGCGGACGGGGGGAGGGAGAGGGAGAUUAACAUGAAGAAUAUCCCAGCGUCCGAAUCAUGUAGCGACAGUCUCUCAGAGGGGGAGGUUAGACUCAACGACGCGAAGCUCAAGCCGCCCGAGGCACGUCACCCUGAAGUCGUUGUCCGUCACGGCACGCGCAAGACGGAGAUGCCAAAAGUACUCCAGAACUGGACAGGGGACGAGGAAGUAGGCCAAGGUCAGGCAAUAAGUAAGGCCAAGUCUGUGGGCCAAGAGCUUAUAGUGGACUUGGCUCCCGUGGAAGACGCGGCUAGGGGGGAGGGAGGCUUUGAGCUGGACAAGGUGAACUUGCCCGAAUCUGAGGUCAGAGGUCAAACGAGUGACCAGGAGGCGGGCUACACCGGGCUGAGGAGGCCUGGACAAGGGUCGGAUAAAAAUAGAAGUAACACAGCUGGUAUGGGGGAGGGUGCGGAAAGUAGGUCAGGGGGUCGAAGGUCGAAGAGAGGCUUGAAGAAAGUUUGCAAGCGUGAAGUAGACAGAGGGGAGAGGGUGUCGAAACGUAGUCGUAGCAAACACAAGAUGGCCACGAGGCCGACAGAGGUCUCCAUGGAGACGGGUGGAGGAGGCGGGCGGGUGGGACCCGGGGUGAGGUCCGAGGUCAGAGCUGCUGGCGGGCGUGUGGAGGGUGAGAUCACCACGAUCCCCAUGGAGAAGACGGGGGAGAACCGGUACCUGAUCCAGCAGGCGAAGGAGAGGGAGGAGGAGGCGGUGGAGAUGAGGAAGAAGUCUCGGGCUCUGGCGGCCAACCUGCAGGACGGGAGCAAGCGGCAUGGUCAGUACUUCUACCGAGACCUCAGCCCGCCUGAGACGGUGAUCCGAGGGUACGUGGGCGAUAGUGAGGAGAGCGCGGGGAACGGCGAGGAGGGGGAUGAUGACGAUGAGACCUACUCCAAACUGUUAGCGCGAGAUGAGCGCGCCAGCGUGUCCGACAUCGAGCAGGAGAUGUGCGGGGUCAAAGAUUACGUCAUCGUUAAUAAAGGUCAAGGGUCGGCCGAUGUGGCGUCGCCUGAAGCGUCGAGAGCGAUGGUGGUUGUGACGCACAGCACGGUUGAGGUGAAGGAGAAGACGAGUCGGUGUAGAGAGGAGGAGGAGGAGGAAGAAACACCGGAGUAUAGAGUGUUGGUUGACACGCGGAGAGAGGUAGAUGGGGUGGCCAAGGCGGAGAGAUUGAGGCAAGAGAUGGAUAGAAAGGAGGAGGAGAAAAGACACAAAGAUGAUGACAUGAGAGGAGACAGGAAAGAAAGACGGACGAAAGAUCGUCACGUCCGAAGCCCGCCUCUAGAGGCUGGAGGAAGUGGUCAAUCUGGUGACCAGAUAGCUCUAAGAGAAGAUGAAGACGCUUCAGAGGAGGAAAUGGACGUGGAGGUCCACCCACACUACAAGCACAAGUCCCGGAGGUUGGUGACCAGCGGGGGAGGACGUGAGGGGUACAGGACGGAGCACACGAGGCUGGACUCUGAGGGAGAGCUCGAGGGGGCGGCCCAUGACGCGGGGAGUCGACAGACGAGAGAGGCAGGGCCUGCUUCCUCCUUCUACCACCACAGUUUUGUGGCAGAGCCGACGCCGCGUCUUUACAGGGUGGGCGCCGACGACAGGGUAAUGCAAACUCGCUGCACCGCGGGGGGACCCUCGCCUCUCGCCUCUGGAGGUGGUCAGGUGAUUCCUACAGAUCACGAGAAGGAUGGAAAUGUUGAAUGUGACGUGACAGCGCCGAGGUUUGGCGAGAUGCCGAGAGGUGAGGGCGGGAAGGAGGUUGGUGGGGUGGGUGGAGAGCAGCGUGUAGGGGAAGGGGUGGCGGUUGGCGGUGACGUGGCAGCAGACGAUAGGGUGUCUGCUGAAAGUGUUGGGGUGGGGGACUCCUCACGGGCGGAGAUCGUGGGCACGAAGUGCGUCGAGAGAGAGGAGGAUCGUUACGCCAAACACCAUCAGGCCCUGACCGAAGUUCCUCUUGUGGACCGGCGAGAGUUCGAGGCCACCAGAAGUACACUGUCCGUCCUCAGACACCAGGACCUGGCCCACAGGGGUCAAGGGGGUCAACCAGAAGUCCUGAGUCUGUCCGUCAACACGCCCGGCCGGAAGUAUGACGCUGCUGAUGACGUUGUAGACGGGAGGACGAGGGCGAGGGGGAGGGCGAGGGGGAUUGGUAGAACGGCAAAUGUGGAUGACGUCACGGCACCUAUUGUAGGUGAAGACUCUCCUAUGUUGCCAGAAAACGAGAGAGUUGUCGAGGGGGCUAGUGGGGGAGGAGAAGAAAAGGGUGUUGUGGUGACAGGGGAGGUGACUGCGGAUAUCUUGAAAGGCCAGAGUAGGUCACAUGAGGGUAGGCUUGGAGGUGUGCACAAUGGACGUGCUAUGGAACCCACUGUUGGUGAAGGGGAGGGGGCUAGAGCAGAUAAAGAGACGAGGGAGGUUGUUGGCGAGGGGCUAAACUCGAGUGAGGUGAACCUGGAGACGGCGUGGAGAGAAGGAGGCAGUGGAGACGGAGAGAAAUAUCCCUCAGACAAGCUCGGGUCUGAUGCAAUUCGCGCGGUGGAGCCCCCUCAAGGACAGACUCCGGACUGUACUGGAAAGUUUAUUCCCUCUACCUUCGUGGACUACGACAAAAACGCAGGGGUCAUCGAGACUGGUGAGGGUGAGGGUAGCCCAGCGGUUGCCAUGGAGAUUGGACGCCAUAGCUCUAGGAAACUACCGCCGCCCGAAAACGAGACAGCGAGUCCGUGUGAGCAGAGCGGGUCGGACGCCUCAGGGGAGGGAGCGGGGAGGAGGAGGGAGAGCAACUACAUGGCAGAUCUGGAGAGUGGGGAGGGGAGCGGCGGGGGGAGGAGGGAGGUGGGUGGUGUCGGCGGAGGGGACGGGAGCUCGGAGGCCGGGGAGAGGAGGAGGAGAAAGAGGAGGCAGAGGAAACUUUGUGCGGAGAAAAGUCAGGCCGGGUCCUCACCCGCUAGUGGUACUGGUACGCCCUCUGACGACACGGGCCUGACGGUGUCGGCAGACGGAGAGAAGCAGGUGUCGGUGGCGGCUGAUGAAAAGAAGAAGAAUGACGUUUCGGCUUGCGAUAUCCGAGAACUUCAAGCAUCUGCCGAUGGCGUCAAGGAGAAUUCCUCUUUUAUCAGCGGUGACGGCGAUGGGCAUGUCGUAGAGGCAGAUCGUAUCGGUGGCGAGAGCUAUCUAUCCACGGACGUCGGUGUUGGUGUCGGUGACGGUGUCGGUGAGAAAUCCGUAUCGGUAGGAUUCAUCCCUGACGUGGUGGUGACGGGGGUGGAGGGCGGGACGGGCGGGAUGGGCGGAGGAGGGGUCAGCGACGAGGUCACAGAGGUAAUCGAGGACAGGGUCAGCGAGUGUGGGUCUGACGUCAGCGGGAUCGACGCGCUCAUCGAGGUACUGGAGGAGCAGCUGAGAGACACCCACCGACACUCCCACCGACAUGAACACCGACACACGCGAAGAUACUCGGGCGGCUAUGACGACGUCACGGAUGGGCCGUUGGACGACGACGACGGGCUCGGGACGACGUCGGCAAGCCGUGAUCGCAAGAUCGGAGAUGAUGAUGGUGACGAGGAGGAGGGAAAGGAGAGGGUCGCUGGUGGUUUUUCCGAGCCGCCAAUUGAGACGGCAGCCUUUUCCGUGAAGUUCCCGGAGGAGGAGGGAGAUUAUUUGUUCACGUCUGAUCUGUCCACCUACCAGCCGUCGUUUGCUGCAGCUGCAGACGCGAAGGCUUCCAGUGAGACUGAGAGGACCGGACAGACGGGGGCUCAGAGGGACCAUGCUACACCUGUAGACCGCGAGAUGGGACCUGGAGGCGGAGGCGGGCAGGAGAUGGUUCAGGAGGCGGGUGGUGGUGGCAAGGGGGCGGGGGAUGCGGAUGGUCAGGGUUCCUUCCUGAAUAUCUCCGGUGAGGACGAGGACGAGGCUGCUCGGAAAUUGGUUGACCGGAUACUGACCAAGGCCCAGUCGUCUUUUGAGAGCAGCUCGGAGAAUGUGGAGGAUCAUGGGAAGUUGAGUAAGAUAAAUUUAAACACGGCAGCAGGGGGGCAAUCCGGAGGGCCGGGGUUCGUCGGACCCGAAGCAACUUCUGCCUCGGAGAAUGGGAGCACCAAUGAUAAUGAUGUAUCAACGAGUCCUGUAGCUGCUGACGUGGUGGAGAAGAGAAAGAGGGCGGGGUCGGAGGUGAGUGAAGAGAGGAGGGUUCACGUGUCUGUCGCCGCGGUGAGCGAGGGGGGCGGGGGCGGGGACCAGCACAAGCCGCGGAACAUCGUGGCGGACAACUUGUUCAGAGACGCCGACAUCUUGGAGUUGUCAAGGACCCUGUCGUCGCCUCAUAAUGGCGUAAGUCGUGAUGACGUAGGUCGUAAUGGCGUAGUUAGUGAUGACGUAGGUCGUAAUGGCGUAGUUAGUGAUGACGUAGGUCGUAAUGGCGUAGUUAGUGAUGGCGUAGGUCGUAAUGGCGUAGUUAGUGAUGGCGUAGGUCGUAAUGGCGUAGGUCGUAAUGGCGUGGGUCGUAAUGACGUAGGUCGUAAUGGCAAUGGCAUGGGCUCGUCGUCUCUCUCUUUGGCCGGCUCGCAAUCUGACAGGCGACUCCUCACUUCAGGGUCGGAGGAGAAAGACGAAAAAGAUGAGAAAGACGAGAAAGAUGAGAAGCAUACGACGACAACGACAACGGCGGCGACGGUACAGGCAGGAGGUGUGGAGAGGACGAGCAGUGGUGGUGAUGCUGCUGCUGCUGCUGCGGCUGCUGUGGUAGACUCCCCCGGCGCGGGGAGAGCGAGCUCCCUGGUCCCCCAGCUGACCGGACACCUGGACAGGCGAAGGCAUAAAGGACUGACCGUGUCGUUCGCCGUGGAGGAGGGGGAGGGGGAGAGGAGGAGCCCCGUGGACGACUUCCACUGGGACCAGGUGGACGAGGGGGCCAAGGACGAGGAGUACGAGAGGCUGGAGAGGCAGAUCGAGAGGUCGCUUUGUCUGGAGAUGUUUAACCCUAAAGAUGCCAGGGGUGUGGACAAGAGCACAGGAAAAGUGGACAUUCACGACCAGUCGAGUGACUCCUCCGACAGUGAGGAGGAAGACAGGAAGGAGAAAGAAACUUACAAAACCAAGAAACAACGAGCCUCACCCCGCCAGCAGCACAGCUCUGAGUCCGAUGGCUCCGCCUCUGAGGAGGAGACACCCCGAGGCUCCGCCCACAAGCCCGCCCCUGUCCCCGCCUCCCCGCAGCGAUCUAUCGCCGCUGAGAAACCACAGAGGGACAGCUCACCACAGUAUGAGGUGGUCAAGACGGUCAGCGCGGACAAACCGGCGCCGGUGGUCAGACCAGAGAGCAAAGAAGAGGUCAAGGCCGCAGUCGAGACCACUCAGGACGAGGCUGAGAAGGUUGAGAAGACAGCGGAGGUGAAGAGGGAAAGGAGGGAGUCAGCUUCCUCCAUCGCUUCUUCCUCAUCGUCUUCGUCAGUGUCGUCUGCAGCUUCAGUGAAAUCUCGGGAUAGAGAAGGAGACGGGGAGGAGGAGGAUGAGGAGAAGAGGAGACCACCUCGCUCAGAGUCCCGAAUGGGAGGUGGUGGGGCGCAGCUGAUGGCAGUGGCUGUCACAGAGGCGGACGAGAAUGACUUAAGUGCCAGUGGAGGGACAAGGGAGGUAACUGUCACCGGUCAUGCCGUAGAGGAAGACAGAGUAGUUGCAGCCCCUGUCGUGACGUCAGUGGAGACGGCGGUGAAGGAGGAGGUGGAGGAGGAAAACUUUAAAGGACGGGACGAGGAGAGAGGUUUCAUGCGGUCUUCACCUUGA